UCCAGAAAAUAAUUGGCAGGACGCAGUAUAUCUUCUGUUACCGGCUUCUCAAGGAUCAAGAUUAAACAGAAGGCUGAGCGAUUAUGGAGACUUCAGAGAUCAGGAAGUGAAAGUCCCGGAUUGAAGGAGAAUGCCACCUUACUAGGCUACAGGACCAGGGAGGAAGGGGACAGUCAAUCUUUGAGGGAGCCUCUGAGUUCACCCACGCAUGACGGUGCCCGCCGGGGCCAGACGAGGGGCAGGCUUUCCAUAACUCAAGCGCAUGACCAAAUAAGACGGUCCCUCAGUAACGAAGGAAGGGUGAAGACGUGCAGGUUACAGACUACGAACACACGCUCCAACCUGUCAGAGCUGUGUGCUCUGGUCUCUGGAGCAGCUUUUAGGAGGAAGACCAAAGAGGCCAUGUUUCUGAUCUGCGGAGCCAAAUCUUACACAGUUACUCCCACGCGACUGCCGCCAUUGGUCAGUGAGCGUGCACGUGAGGUGGCAGACAGACCGGACCCGUUGAUCAAGUACAGCCAGAUGGUCAGCGCUGACCCCUACCACCCGGACACCAACAAACAAGGCUACAUAGACCUGGGCCUUGCAGAAAACCGAUUAUGCCAAGAUAUUACAACUGAGAAACUUCGAUCGCUGGAUCUCACGAAAGAAGCUGAAUCUUUGCUACAGUACUACCCUAACCUGAAAGGCCUGCCAAGCUUUAGACAUGCUCUGGCUGGUUUCAUAGAGCGUCGCUUUCGUCCGCGAGGGAAAAUAGACCCUGAAAAGCUGAUCGUGGCGAGUGGUACAACCGCUCUCUUAGACACUUUGGCUUUCUCGCUGGCUGAGCCUGGAGAGUACAUCAUGGUACCGGCCCCUUAUUACUAUCGCAUCAACAACGACCUGGAGGACAGAGCCGGGGUGCACGUGCUGGAGGUACCGCUGUCUAGUAAGGCAGGGUUCGAACUGACGGUCAACAGUCUUGAGGCUGCUUUAACACUGGCUCGGCGUCAGAGCAAGAAAGUCAGGGGCAUGCUCCUUAUCAACCCCAAUAACCCACUUGGGGAUGUCUACUCUGAGAGCAUUUUGAUAGAGUGUCUGCAGUUCGCUUUCAAGCAUGGCCUACAUGUCAUCGUAGAUGAGAUCUAUGCCCUCUCGGUUUUUGACGAGAGCACUAAGUUUUGCAGCAUCCUCUCACUCCACAUGCCUGACCCUCAGAGAGUUCACUUCAUCUGGGGUGUCAGCAAGGACCUGGGACUAUCAGGCUACAGGUGUGGCGUGCUGUACACCACAAACGACCAGAUGCUGGGCUUUGCCACGAGGGUGGGGCUUUUUCAGCUGACCCCACCCCUUAUGCAGCGUCGGCUGGAGCACGUGAUCUCCGACAAUGACUGGCUUGACAAGGUGUACUUCCCCGCAUACCACACUCGUCUGGCCAGUGUCUUCACCGCUGCUUGUGCCAAGCUUGCUGCCAUGGGGGUCACAGUUCAUCCGUCGAAGGCGGGUAUAUUUCUUUGGGCAGAUUUCUCUCCAUUUCUACCUGAACCCACCUUCGCUGCUGAGCAACGUCUCUUCGAAUAUUUCAUUGAAGCGAGGGUCUACCUCAUGCCAGGGAAGAAGAGCUACUGCCCUUCACCUGGCUGGUUCCGCCUCGUCAUCGCAUCUGACAAAAACAGAGUUUUGGAAGGUCUACAUCGCAUUGAACAAGUCCUUCUGUCUCAGCCACUGAAGAAACUGACUUCCAGCUGAAGAACAGGUUGUACAUGGCGCCGUCACACGGCAACUAAACAUCGAGUUCCACGCUUCCGCCCCCAUUUUUCUCCCCUCCCACUUCCGCAAAAACAACUUCAGUGUUUUACAAAAGCAGACGACAGCUUUACAAUUUUGAAAUAAUGA